AAAAAGUAAGGAGGAAAAAAAGCAAAUACUGCUGUGGUACUACAUCUGGAAUAAGGAGACGCGUGCUUUGAGAAUCUAUAGUGGGAUACCAUAGAAAAGGCGACCUGUGUUUUCUCCCUGCUCUCUUUUGCGUUUAAAGGAUUCUUCUUUUUCUCUCUUUCUUACCUAAGAAACCCAAAAUGCUGGUCAUUCUGUUUGCAACGAUUGUCUUGCAUUUGACAAGCCUUAUCAUUCUCUUCAUUGCCACAUGUGCCAACGCUUGGAGAACACAUGGAGAUAGGAGUUAUGACCUCUGGUAUGACUGCACACAAACUAACGGAGGAUAUAAAUGCAGUGGAACUGCUGAUGCAGAUUGGCUUCAAGCAGUGCAGGCCCUAAUGGUCCUCGCCACCAUUUUCUGCCUGAUUUCCUUCAUCAUCUUCCUCUGCCAGCUCUUCACUCUCGUAAAGGGAGGUCGCUUCUUCUUCACAGCCGUUUUCCAGAUCCUUGCAAGUCUGUUUGUGAUGAGCGGUACCAUCAUCUACACGGUGAUGAGUCCACAGUGGAAAAAUGAUAGCGAUACUUACGGAUAUGCUUUCGUCUUGGCCUGGCUGGCCUUCCCUCUUACGGUCAUCAGUGGCUUCAUUUACAUUAUCCUGAGGAAGAAAGAAUGAGAGUUCAGCCCUCUGGGAUUUUUAUUAGAACUGAAAUACUGACUCUUAAACGGCCAUCUCCUCCAGGCCUAAAUAUUUAGACCUAAUGUGAUUAAAGAAGUUGACCAUUCAUGAAGAUUCGAUACAGCAAAGACACAGUGAGCAUGAUGAAAAUGAGGGCUGGUGAGCCUAUUUAUAUCACAUCUACAUGGCUUUUUUAUUUUUGUUUUUGUAAAUAUUAAGUGUCAAUGAAGGCCCUGAUUUAAAAAAAAUACUCAUGGAGGAGAGAUACAGUAUAGGAAAAGUAUAAAAUUGUUUUUGUUUGUUUUGUAUUGUGUGUUAUAAACCUUUUCAAAUAUCUUGAUUUUAAUAAAGUGUAUUCUCAAAGGGAAUUUCUUGAUGUUGAAAUGAAGUUUUUCUUAUAACCUAAUUACAAAAUAAUAAAGCAAAAAAAAGGUGUUGUUUUGUUUGUGUUUGGAAAUUCUUGGAAAUGGUGCUAUGUAUAUUAACCAUUGCUGAACUUUAUAGGUAGAUAUACCUAUAGGAUGUUUGUCAGUUCUCACAAAAACAUUUUAUAUGCAUAUUUACCUGUGAACACUUUAUGGUAUAUCUUCCUUCUGUAUUGUUUUUUUUUUUUUUGGAAAAAAAAUAAAUAUCUAAUUUUU